AGCAGCAGGGGGCGCCGAGGCUGCAUCAGGGUAGCUGCUGGUCCCUCCCUGGGGUCGGACACAGUCCGCAGUGGGCAGGGCAGGACCUCCCCAGGCCCGGGGCCCCAGCAGCUGGGGAGCCACCUGGGACCCUGAGCCUGGGCCCCCCGCAGGUCUUGGCUGACAGGUAGGCUGCACGGGGUGAGAGGGAGGGCACUUCCUGGGAUGAAAAGUAUCCCCCAAGCUCAUCUACCUGAACCUCAGAAUGUGAGCUCACAUGGAAUAGGGUCUGUGCAGACAUGGUCAAGUUACAGUGUGGUCAGCCUGAGUCCAGCAACAGGCCCUUCACAGAGGGAGCUGGACAGGCUGUGGCUGGAGCAGGGCCGCCCUACAGCCUGGAUCCAGACAAGCGUCAGCAGAACCUGGGGUCUGCAGACAGAACCCGGGCCGUGCCUAAGGCCGAUCUCCAGAGGGCUGAGGUUCAAGCACAGACUGGACUUGUGGGCCUGACCCCAGCCAGAGCCCUCCCUGGGGCCUGGCCUCCUCCAGGAUGUGGUAAAGGGGCCAUACAGGCUAGGGAGUCUGGUGUGUCUCUGCCCCUCCCCUCGCCCUGCAGCCUUCCCCCGGGACCUGCCUGCAGGGCCCUGCACCUCAGGACCCCCUUCCUGGUCCUGCUCCAGGUCAUUAGCUGGUUGUGAGACAGCAGUCACCCCGAAGACCCACUCCUGCCCGGUAGCAGGCUUGGCUUGGGGUGGGUCCCAUUCUUGGGGCUGAACUUUAAUUUCCCUAUCACUUCCCUGUGGGGUCAGCCCAGGCACUGAGACCCUCCAGGUGGCCAGAUGACUGGCAGCAGUCAGGGGUACCUGGGUCUCUGCCCACACCCCACGGCAGUGACUGGGGGGAACCUGGAGCCGCAGGGCAAGGACCUGGGAGGAGGGGCGAGCCUCCAUGGCUGGGGGGCCCAGGGCUGGGGCUCACGCGGAAUAGGAGGGGGCUGCUGGCCCUUCCCCAGAACAUGGCCCAUAAGCCAUGGUGGCUCCGAUGGGAUUUGAGCAAAGUGCCAGCCGCAGCCGCGUCUGGUCACUGACAAGGGGCACUUCCUGGGAUGAAAAGUAUCCCCCAAGCUCAUCUACCUGAACCUCAGAAUGUGAGCUCACAUGGAAUAGGGUCUGUGCAGACGUGGUCAAGUUACAGUGUGGUCAGCCUGAGUCCAGCAACAGGCCCUUCACAGAGGGAGCUGGACAGGCAGCCGGGACAGAGGCCGGAUGCAGGCAGGCUGGGUGCCAGGGAGUGCCCCACCAGACACCCAAGGGCACAGCCCUGACCCGCCUCCGCCUCCGCAGGGAGCCAAGCCUGAUGCUCCUUGGUUUGAACUCCUGGGUCUCGGAGCAGAGGGUCCCUCUGCCGCUCUCAGCCCCUGCUUGUGGGGAGAGGUUUCGGCAGCCCCAGCCCUCAGCAGAGGGGCUGCCCACCCAAGGGCAGGUGUGCACAGGUGGCAGAUACCCCUGGGGUCUUUUGCAGCAAGGACUUGCCCUGAGCACUUUCCAGGUGGGAUGGCACCGGGCCCCCAAGGUGUGGGAGCCACAAACCGGGACUGGGGGUGGCGGCGGGAGGGGCUGAGAGGCUGGGCCCCUGGGAGCCCUGCUGGGUCUUCAACCAGCCCCUUCUGGGCACAGCUGGCCAGGGGCCCCUGAAGCUGGAGGGGGCCGGGUAAGGAGCCCCAGGGCCCCACCUGCAUGAGCGUGCGCUGGGCCCCGGCCAGGCAUCCCAGGGCCUCGUCCCAGGUCCUGUGUUGGCCCCGCACGUUCACCCAGCACGCCGCACACACGGGACACCCUCUAGAGGAGGCUCCUCCAGAAGUCAAAAUAGCAUGAAAUUUAAUUUUCCGCCUAUUUGACAAGGCUUGGUCUGGGUCCUGAUUGGCAGUGGAGAUAAGGGUGCUCGGUCCCGAGCGUAAGCCAGCUGGGCCCGCAGCAAACACUCCACGGUCCCUGGGCAGGCUGAGGCUCCCCCCUCGGGGCCCGGGUUGCUGGGCGCUAAAGCAAACGGGCUCUAUUUGUCCAGUCUGCGAUGACAAUGCGCUCACCAAAUAUUUGUCAGCCUAGCCGCUGUGCGGCCAGGCUAUAAAUGCCUGAGCCCAGGUGGAGGUGGCCUGCCCAGCAGGAGCUGCGGCCUCAGCAGCAGGGACAGAAACCCUGGGACCCGGACUGCACUUACUGGAAUUCCACUGGGACGGGAGAAACUGCACCCGCUCAGGGCACUAGAGCAGCUCCUGGGCUGUGUGGGCAUCUCUGGAGGUGGGACACUCCUGACCCCAGACUCCUGGUGAGGGGGCCAGGGGUACCCCCACUGCCUGCACCUAGCAGACGCCCCGUCGGCCAGCACGUCUAUCGAGGCCACAGCUACCCCACGCUGGAACCAGGGCUCUGCCCUCCUGGUCCCCAAGCCCGCACGCACCCCAGCCCUUCACACCUCCCCUGCUUCCCUGCCCGCCGCCCCGGGUGCCCACCCCUGCCCUGCUCUGAGCCUGCGCCCUCUCCAAGUACAGGCCUGCGGGGCCCUGACCGCCCCUCCCCCUCCCCGGCCCUUCUGCGGCCAGUGCCUGUUGCUCCAGAAGCCUGGGAAGCGCAGGGCAUGGCGGCAGGCGCAGUCCGGCCUCUCUGCGACUUCUGGCUGCCCCCGCCCUCCCUCCGGCCCUUCCUGCCCUCAGACCCGGAGUCUCCAGACACUUCUGAGGAGGAGGAGGAGGAGGAGAGAGGGGAGCCAGGGGCCUGCUGCCCAGCUUCCCAAGACGCAGCCCCUCCCGGUCCCGGCAGCCCCGAGACCCCGCGGCAGCUGCUGCGCUUUUCCGAGCUCAUCAGCGGCGACAUCCAGCGGUACUUUGGCCGCGAGGGCCGGGGACAGGACCCCGGAGCCUGCAGCAUCUGUGCCGGCAGCCGCCUGGCCGGCAGCUCGGCCCGGGAGCUCUACUGCUCAGACCCGGGGUGCCUGGCCCGGGGCGGGGCCCCGGAAGACGACGAGGCUGCCGAGCCCGAGGCCCAGUCGCCCAGGGGUCCCGAAGGGCAGGCGCGUGGGCCGGGCCUCACCCGGAACUCGGUGCUGCCGCUGGGGCCCCUGGCCGAGCUCUUUGACUACGGGCUGCUGCGGUGCUCUGGGCUGGGGGUGGCUGCCGGCCGCCGGCUGAGGCUGCGGCGCAAGUACGGCCACAUCACCCCCAUGACCCAGAGGAAGCUGCCCCCCUCCUUCUGGAAGGAGCCGGCGCCCAGCCCCCUGGGUCUGCUCCACCCCGGCACUCCUGAUUUCAGCGACCUGCUGGCCAGCUGGUCAGCGGAGGCCAGCCCCGAGCUGCCUGGAGGGGGUAUCCAGGCCCUGGAGGGGGUGCAGCUGGCCGAGGCUUAGCAAGAGGUGAGGGCGGUGAGGACUGCC